AAUUAAUCAACACAGCGUGACGUCACUUCUGGUCAGUUCAGGCGGGCUGCUUAAAACCAGAAGUCGCUUAUUUUAUUGUCGCUAUACAAAACUAGUAUACAUUAAUGUAUCAACGUAUGAGGAAGUGAAGUAAAGUUUUUUCCUCAGUACGUUAGGUGUUAGGCUUUUGAUUUAAAUCAGCUUUGCUGCAAAAUUACCGGCUAGCUUAAGCUUCAUGUGAUCGAAGGGUAAAAUAGCGGCUAAAUCGCCGUUAAUGUCCUUAUUGAUCGUUGGAUAAACUAAGGGUAUAAUUUGUCAAAAAUCCUAUAAAGGGAUGGACCGGCCGUCGAGAAAGACAAAGGUUGUGAAUUAUAGUGAAGCCAAGGAUUUUGAGGAUGAUGAAGAUUUUGCCUCCGUGAAGGCUCCACCUCACAAAAAAGCCAAGGAAGAAGUGAAACAACAACAGAGAAAGUCUUCAAGUCAGGAAGUUGUCUCUGAGUCGUCACAGAAAGAAAAGAUCAGAAAACCACUGGAUGAAAAACUUUAUGACAGAGACCUUGAGGCAGCCAUCACACUGUCCUUGCUCAACAACACAGAUGGGCUGAAGGAGUCAUCUCCUAAAGCAGAUGGAAAGAUUCAAAUCCCCAUGGAUGAAAAUACGGAUCCGACUACUUUGCGCUUUUCUAACUGCAGUGUGGAUGGAGCAGUUUUGGGCUUAGACGCAAUCUCGUCAGAGAUCAGAUCAUCCGCCUCAAAGAAGACUUCUUCUAAAACAGCUGAAGUGAAAAAAUGCAAAGAUGACGAUGACGACUAUCAACCCAAACUUACACCCGAUCCAGAAAGUGAUGAAGAUUUCAGUGAGCCAUCUGAGAGUGAGGAUGAAGAAUUUACAGUCAAGAAACCCACAAAGACCCAAAAGAAGGACAAAGUCUCCCCAAAAGACAGAAUCAAACCAGCUCCCACUUCUAAAAAAGUCAAACAACCGUCAAAGACGAAGCCUGAAGCAGCAGCUGCUUCCAAACCGGUGAAAAGUCCUCCAACGUCCAAACCGACACCCACCAGACCUCCUUCCACAAAGCCUGCAUCCUCUCUGAGCCCAGCAGCGGGGAAAGUACCCAAGUGGAACCCACCAGCUCAGAUUGGUAAAAGCGCCUCAUCAUCACACAGUCCACCGGUGAAGUCACCCAGCCAGGGGCUGCGACUUGGACUGUCCCGCCUAGUCCGGGUCAAACCGCUCCAUCCCAGCGUUGCAAGUCACUAACCCAUUAGGGGACAGCGCCUCAUGGGUACCAGGGAUGGCCAUUUUCUCUUAACACAAUUUUUAGAGAACAUUCUAAAAAUCAUUUUUGUCUUCCGGUUAUUUAUGGCACAAGUCUCCAACUUGAACUAAAAUUUAAGAGCUUCAGGGAGGGGCUGCUGGGUCGUCCACACAGUCUGGUCCUCAGGAGUUCAUCCUCUAUUCUUUGUGUGAAUUUGAGAAAACCGUUGUUGGUUUGUGAGAAAACUAAAAAUUGUUUCUCUUUUAAUACAAAUGUUUUGCCUGUAAUUUUCAUAUCCUUAUAAAUUCUUCUGUUUUUCUUUUUACUUAUUGUUCGGCAAACUUUGUAUAUUAUGUACAUACAUCUCAAAUAAAAUUGGGGAAAAAAAA